ACCAACGAGGGAAAUAGGAACUGACAGAAACCAGUGAAGUAGAGAACAGUCUCACUGAGGAUAUCAGCAUCCAAAUGAGCACAAUGAGGAACUUUCUUCUGAUCUUUCUCUCGCUGAUGAUUACAGGCUGGGAGGCCUCAUCUGAUGUGAAGGGAUGCACAGACGGAUGGGUGGAAUUCACCUGCCAGCAUAAAACAAGUCAACAAUAUCAAAGAGUUGAUGUAGUUAAGGGCAGCAAAACAAUCAUACAAAGCACUGAAAAUAAUGUGUGGCAGACCGAGGGCAGAUUUUCUGUUUACCAUGAUGCAGCAAAUAGAAAGCUCAGAGUGGUAGUGGUCAUCAAACAACUUCAACGUGGGGACUUUGAGAAUUACACGUGUACAUUUAUAUUGCACCAAAAAUCUGACUGUGAUAAAGUGAACUUGAAAGUUGAUGACGGCUGUCAGACACCAUUUCAUCAAACUGCGUACAGAACAGCUAACACCACCAUCUCAUGUGACAAAAGAAAGUCUGAAGUCAUGUUUUUCUGCAAAGAGAAUGGUUCAAUCUGUGAGGAUAUUUUAUCAACAAAAUCUUCUCCGAAGUCAAACGGGUCCUUCACUCUCACAGAGACCAGCAGUAGCUUCAACAUGUCCAUCAGUAAUGUGUCCUCAGAGCAUGCUGGUGUCUACUGGUGUGGAGUGGAAACAAAUAAGGGACGUAACAGAGCUGCACUCAGAAAAAUACAGCUGGAGGUUAAACAUACUUUUACUAACUUCACUAAGUCUCUAACUGUUGGACAGAAUCUCACAUACUGGUGUAAAUAUCCAGAGGGUACUACGAUAAAAUUCAUCUGUAAAGGAGAAGAUCCAUCUAUAUGUAAACCGAUAGUAAGCACCGCACAGAGCAACGCUGGAAAGUUUUCUAUGAUGGAUGACAAAGUGAAAAAUAUCACCAUAACAGUGAGAAACGUAACAACAGAAGACACUGGGACAUACUGGUGUGGAGCAGAAAGAAAUGACCCAAAACAGAGCAACCCAUUCUUCCACAGGCUCAUGAUGAUUGUCGUACCAGCAACAAAACCACCAAGACCAACCCCACCCACAUUUCCUGUUUCUUCAACCAAGUCAACUACAACAACUCCUGCACCUGCUGGGAGACGUGGUAAGAGGUGGAACGUCUGCUGCAGAUGA